GUCAGAAAUUAUUUUGCCCGGCGAUCGUAUUUUUGCUGCGGAAGAAUUAGCCAAAACCAAAAAAGUUAUUUUAGGUCCUGGUCUGCGACGAGAAAAUGAGCAAGUAUUCGCGUGUAAGCCUGGAAGGCUUCAUCACAAAGAGCCAAACACAUAUUGGAUUGAUAACUAUCAGCAACGCUAUGUGCCUGUGAGAGGUGAAGCUGUUAUUGGCGUGGUUACAGCUAAGGCAGGCGAUAUAUUCCGAGUAGAUAUCGGAGCACAUGAACAGGCAUCACUGUCUUAUUUAGCUUUCGAAUCAGCCACAAAAAAGAAUCGACCGGAGGUAAAUCCUGGAGAUAUAAUCUAUGGACGCUUAAUUGUCGCCAGCCGCGAUUUAGAGCCAGAAUUAGUAUGCGUCAAUUCAACAGGAAAAAAGGGAAAACUCGGCGUGUUGGCAGAUGGUUUUGUCAUGCGCUGCAGCUUAAAUCUUGCGAGACUAGUGUUGAGGGAAGACUGCCCACUUUUACAAGCUCUAACAAAAGAAAUGCCCUUUGAAAUCGUUGUGGGAUUAAAUGGACGCAUUUGGAUUAGAGCUAAGAGUUUUGGCGAAACAAUAGCACUUGGAAAUGCAAUAUUGGCAGCGGAGAAUGCAUCAUAUGAAGAAAUGCCGACAAUUUGUGAAAAUAUUGGAAAUAUUUUGUUCACAUAAAUGUUUAAAAUACAAAGUAAUUGGCU